GGCUGCCUGGAUGGUCAGCCCUUCAUUUGAAUGCAAAUGUAAUUUUGGGGCAGGCAGUUAUCUGUGACAUCAGGCAGAACCUUAGUAAACUGUUACUACCAGCACCUGGUAACACCAUUGUUAAUCAUGUGUAGUAAAGAGACAUCAGGGCUAGCAUGAGUCAUUUAUAGAGCCAGUUGGGGCUAGAAAAGAGAGAGAAAGAAAGAGGAAGGCAGGAAGAGAUCAAACAAACACUGUGAGGAGCAGGAUGUCCUGGCAAGACAAAGCCAGGCUAUGAGCAUCAUGUACGUGAGUUAUCUUUUGGAUAAAGAAACCAGCAUGUAUCCAGGAUCCGUAAGGUGCAGCAACAACAACAACAACCUGCCAGUGCAAAACUUUGUCUCCACUCCAUCCUAUUCAGAUUACAUGGGAUAUCAUCAUGUGCCAAGUAUGGACAACCAAGGACAGUCUUCGGGAGCUUGGGGAUCUCACUAUGGCACGCAAAGGGAGGAUUGGAAUACUUAUGGCCCAGGACCCUCCAGCACAGUUACUGCUGCACAAAUCAAUGGCUCGUCUCCUGGGCAGAUCUCCUACAGCUCUGCUGAUUACAAUUCCCUGAAUCCUGCUGGAUCUGGGGUUUUACCUCCUGUAGGUACAAUUAACACAGAGCAAAUCUCUCCCAACAGUCAAAGGCACAGCUCUUAUGAAUGGAUGAGGAAAACGGUGCAAUCCACUUCCACAGGUAAAACAAGAACAAGAGAGAAGUACCGGGUGGUUUACACAGAUCAUCAGAGAUUAGAACUGGAGAAGGAAUUUCAUUACAACAGAUACAUUACAAUCAGGAGGAAGUCUGAACUUGCAGCAAACCUAAGACUUUCCGAGAGACAGGUGAAAAUCUGGUUCCAGAAUCGCAGAGCCAAAGAAAGAAAAUUAAUGAAGAAGAAAAUGACUCAUUUUGAUGGCACCAGCCUUGGCUCUAUGCAGAGUGACUCUGGCUCAGUGAGCCCCAUUCCAGUACAUAACCCACAGACUCAUUCGGAAAUGUCCAGUUCUUUAUUUCCCCCGCCACCUCCUCCACUUCCAAUGAAUAGCUUACAGCACAAUGGGAACCUUCAGCAGGUUGUGGCCUCUCAGUAAGGCCAUUCAAAGAGUUAUUUUAUAAAGAACAUUAUAAACCAACAGUACAUGGAGCACUACCGUUCAAAAGGGGACAGGACAGCCAGAGCUGUUUUGCAAGAGAUCCCAGCAUCACAACAGCCUUGUGCGCACAGGCUCCACGUACAAUCAACUAAGGGCCAAAUCCCCAGGGCCUGUGAAAGGACAGUGGAAAACCCCCCAAGCCAAUGGAACUACUGUGUGCAAAGGGUCCUGGAUGGAUGCUACAAGGGGAUGCCAGGCCCUCUCUGGACCACAAAGCAGGCAUUUCCCAUGGCAGUGCAGAGGGUGGGCUGGGAACAAGGGGUGUCCAGUUGUUCUGCUACUAUGUGGAUCCACUAACCAAAAGACGUAUGAAGUGGACCACAGGCAAUGCUGCAUUCCUAAGAGCAAAACAGGGACUGUGCAUGUGCUCUGUGCCCUGCCACUGGAUUAAGAGGGAAAAUUCCUCCCCCUUCUCAUCCUUAUGUAGGUCCCAUGUGCUAAUUUCACUUUCUCAAACUUUGCACAUGGGUCCAGGUUUUGGCCCUGAAAAACUAGUUCAUGCUUUGGGCUACUUGAUUGAAAACCUAGAUCAAGGUGGCUACAGACUGCUGAGUUAUUGUUGGGGAGGGGUCCAGCUUGAUUUUUUUUUUUAAACAGAAAUCACUUCCAAGGCUAAAUAAUACUAGAACAAACAUGCGCUCUUCAAAUCAUCCCAUAAAUGUUUCUGGAAAAACAUUAUGGAACUGUGAACGUUGGCCCAUUUUCACUCAUGGUGGAAGAGAUCAUUUCAGUCCAUUUUGUUUCUUAAAGAAAUAGUGAAGGGAGAAAAAUUCUUAAAACUUAGAUAUACUUAAGGGAACAAUUGCAUUUUGUGAGACAAUGAAACCAUAGAUAAAGACACAUAUAAUGCAUCCAAGUAAUGUUUAAAUUCCUUGAAAUUUAGUCUGGUUUUCAGACAUAUUAAUAUUAAAAAAUUGAAAGGCCAAAUUAAUGGAAGACUAAGCAAACCAAUAUCUUCGUUGAAUAUAACCUCUGGCCAAUAUUUUAAAUGGGUCCCUAAUACUGAGGUGCCAGAUCCAUAUUUAGGCACCUAAAUAAGUAGCCUGAUUUUGAAAAGUGGUGCCAUCUCAUUGACUUCAGUGGGAGCUGCUGGGUACUCAGCACUUUUGAAAGUGUGGCUACUUAUUUAGAUGGUUAUCUAUGGAUUUAGGUGCCUAGCUUUAGGCACCAAGGGUAAAAUUUUUAAAAGCACCUUAAUUGCUCUGUCCCAUUGUUAAAAGUGACAGGCUCCUAAGUCCCAUUGACUUUCAUUAAGACAAAGCCUAUUAAGUACCUGUCACUUUUGAAAAUGGGACAUAGAUUCCCAAAUCACACAGGCACUUUUGAAAAUUUUACCCCAAAUCUUGGCCUAUGCAUAGGUACAUUCUUGUUUUCCUUUUAAUUAUAUAUCAUAAUAUUAUUUUGAUCAUCUAAUGGGGGUAAUGAAAAAUUACUUUGUAUAUAAAGAACUCUAAAAUAAAGUGACUUUUCAAUAAGUGUUUCCAAUGUGGUUUAAACCUACUGCAGAAAAUGGUAAUGCAGAAAGGAUUUUCAUCAUCAGUCUGUUAUUUAAUAUAAUUAUGAUAUAAAGUUUAAAUAUAUAUAGUAUAGGUGGAGGGGUUAUGGUGAGAACAAGAUGGCUGAGGUGGUUGGUAAUGUCAUUUCUAAAUCACCAAUUUUAGUGCAGCUCAGAUCAUUAAGGAUCAAAGUUUUUUUAAUAUCUCAUGGUUGUGCAAUGGCCUAAGUGAAAUAAGGUUAGAGGUCCCAGUCCAGCUCCAAUGGGCAUGUGUUUGUAUCACAAUGCCCUCUAAAUGCCCUCAUAAAUUGCCUUCCUGGUUGGCAGUAUCCUCAUAAGGUAUUGAGACUAAACUCAGCCUUAGAGGUGGCCCUCCCAAAUCAAGGUUCAGGCAGAUUGGCUAGUCUGCACUGUUGCUGCUGUUCUGAGCGGUACAGUGCACAAAGAGGAAGUCAUUCACCGUGGCAAUUGGUGUGACAAAGUCACUGUAUUAACACCUAGAGAUGGUUUGGAAACUCUAACUGCCGUGAUGGGGAGGGCUCCGAGUUACUACAGAGAAUUCUUUCCCAGGAGUCUGGCUAGCGGGUCUUGCCCACACACUCAGGGUCUAACUGAUCGCCAAAUUUGGGGUCAGGAAGGAAUUGUCCCCUGAGUCAGAUUGGCACAGACCCUGGCUUCCUCUACAGCAGGGGACAUUGGUUACCCACAGAUUUAAACUAGUACAAAGUUUCUCAAACUGGGAUCCGCAGACCCAGGAUACUCCAGGGGGUCCAUGGGCCCCCAUGAUCAACUCCUGCCCCUCCCUCCCAGUGCCUCCUGCACGCUGGGGAACAGCUGUUCAGCAGCGUGCAGGAGGCACUGGGAGGGAGGAGGAGGAGGAGCAGG